AUGCUGUCGCUGCAGCCGCGGGACCUCCCCAUUCAUGCUCCCGUCCUCCCCACCGAAGGCACCCAGGAGGCACCCAACAAGAAGCUGCUGGCAGCGCUUAUUGCCCGGCAGUGGGCGAUGGGGGCCGCCCUGAGCCUCACCGUGCUGGUCAUCGUGGCCGGCAACUUGCUGGUGAUCGUGGCCAUCGCCAAGACGCCGCGGCUGCAGACCAUGACCAACGUCUUCAUCACCUCACUGGCUUGCGCCGACCUCAUCAUGGGCUUGCUGGUGGUGCCACCGGGGGCCACCAUCCUGCUGAGCGGCCACUGGGCCCACGGGCAGACGGUGGGCGAGCUGUGGACCUCGCUGGACGUGCUGUGCGUCACGGCCAGCAUUGAGACGCUGUGCGCCAUCGCCGUGGAUCGCUACCUCGCCAUCACCUCACCACUGCAGUACGAGGCGCUGGUGACCAAGGGCCGGGCACGGGCUGUGGUGUGCCUGGUGUGGGGCAUCUCUGCCUUCAUCUCCUUCCUGCCCAUCAUGAACCACUGGUGGCGGGACGGGGCGGACGAGCAGGCAGUGCGCUGCUACAACGACCCACGCUGCUGUGACUUUGUCACCAACAUGACCUACGCCAUCAUCUCCUCCACCAUCUCCUUCUACGUGCCCCUGCUUGUCAUGAUCUUUGUCUACGUCCGUGUCUUCGCUGUGGCCACGCGGCACGUCCAGCUCAUUGGCAAGGACAAGGUGAGGUUCCUGCAGGAGCCCCACAGCCCCAGCUCCAGGAGUGGCCGGCGGAGACGGCCCUCCCGUCUGCUGGCCAUCAAGGAGCACAAGGCGCUUAAGACCCUGGGCAUCAUCAUGGGCACCUUCACACUCUGCUGGCUGCCCUUCUUUGUGGCCAACAUCAUCAAGGUCUUCUGCCGGCCGCUGGUGCCAGAUCAGGUCUUCCUCUUCCUCAACUGGCUGGGCUACGUCAACUCAGCCUUCAACCCCAUCAUCUACUGCCGCAGCCCUGACUUCAGGAGUGCCUUCCGCAAGCUGCUGUGCUGUUUGCCGGCAGAGAGAUGCCAGCGGGUCCUUCCAUAUGACUGGGAGCAGCCGAGAGCUGGGAAGAGGGGUGGUCGCUUUGGGUCCCUGUUCCUGGCGCUACGCAGCUGCAAGGGUUGA